GUCAUAAAAGCUGGAGUGAAGACCACUUGCAAAUGUCACGGAGUGUCUGGAUCUUGCACAGUCCGCACCUGUUGGAGGCAGCUCUCGCCUUUUCACGAAAUUGGAAAGCAAUUGAAGCAAAAAUAUGAGACUUCGCUAAAAGUAGGAAGUACCACCAAUGAAGCUACGGGGGAAGGGGACAUUUCUCCAGCCAAAAAACCUGUUUCCAGUCAUACUGACCACAUCCCAAGGACUACAGACCUAAUUUACAUUGAUGACUCGCCAAACUUUUGCCUGACGAGCAAGUAUUCUCCCGGAACGUUCGGGAGGAGAUGUUACAAAGACAAAAACUGCGACAGCAUUUGCUGUGGUCGCGGACAUAAUACCCAAAGCAAGGUGGUGACGAGACCCUGCCAGUGUCAGGUCCGCUGGUGCUGCUAUGUGGAGUGCAAACAGUGUACUCAAAGAGAGGAAGUCUACACCUGCAAAGACUAGCCGGCUCUCCGAGGCCACAGAAAUUUUGGACACUAUCAUGGAAACAAACAGGGUUUGACAGACGUUCUUGUCGGAUGGAGAGCUCUAUAGGACAAAAGCACUUUGUAGGGUUCAGAGAAACCCAACUCAUUGUUGUCGUCGAUGUUCUGGGUUUGCGAAGAGUCAUGGAUAAUGACAGCGCCCUUUGGGUUGCUAGAGGACAUUCCAAUGCCAUCUGUUCACAUGGUCGUCAUCAUAAUCAUCUCUGUUCUCCAACUUCUGUGAACAUCUAGACUGUCACAUGCAUGGUUGGUGACCCAGUCUGUUACCCCUGGAUGCUCGACUGGAGACAACCUCAUGAAUUCAGAUUGAUGAGAAGGGAACAGUUCUAUGAUCCCGUUUAGCUCAUCUUGUUUUUUACUUUUGUUUUUGCCCCCUUACGAGGUAACGCACCACCAGUAUCCUGCACUUCACCCCAUUGUAGGACACUAGAACCAACGCUGCAAACCAGAACUGACCUUAGGAGGAGAUCCGUUCUGUCGUAGAUCAGUGAAGAUCUACGUAGGUUGAGUCAUAGUUUCUUUAGACUACGGCUUCGAGAGAACUCCGAUGCCUUUUUAGCACUAUCACUGUCUUAAAAACCACUAGAAGAAAUUUAUUUUUCAUUGUAUAAAGAUAUGAAUAUAUAGACGUAUAUUUAGCUUUUCCUUGAUUAAAACUAACCCUAUGAAGGUUACCUGAACCUUUGUCGUAACCGGAGUCAGGGUGAUGCCUACCCCCUUCCCCCCCACCAUGUUACAUUUUAAUGUAACAGUGGUUUAAUCCAAAAAGUGACUUCAUUCCACUUACUGUAAUACUGGGAGCUAUAAAACCCUCUUAGAUACUGUAGAUUGCUCUAAAACCACUAUAUUAAGGACUAUGGCGCAUUCAUCAGAUGUGCCAGCUACACAAAUCUUGGAGUAUCGUUUGCCAAACCACACAAGACAGGAACACUUCCCGUGCCUUUGCUAAGCUGUGAAGUAGACAGAUAUUUUAUAUUAACGAGACCAGCUUAAUGAAUGUUGCUUGGAAAUCUUUUUUUGUGUGCAUGACAAAGCUGCUUGGGUAGAUCCUAGAUAUAGACCAAGCUGAGUACAAUCCUGUAGAGUGUAAUUUAGGGGCUCAACUUCUCCUCCAUGGGGAGCACGUUGGCCUUCAUUCUGCCAACAAAAGUUCUAAUAGUGAAUUACACAAUUAAAUGCCAAAGAAAAGCAUUCAGUCCAUCAACAUGAUGGGGAGCGACCAUCAUUCUUCUGUGCAACAGAUGUUAGGUUAAUUUAGGUAUUAUCUCGAGCACUUUGUUAUUGAGAUCUUAAAUUGGUUCAAUAUGGGUGUAUGGUAACAUUUUCAUUACCAACUUGGUGUGUAAUGGCUCACUGUUGCUCAAGUAAGUUGGUCAAGGUUGCUUAGGUGACUUAAGAUGCCCACAUACUUUCGAGGAAAGUCAUCCAAAUUUACAAAUUUUGAGAAGACUCUCCAACUACUUAACAUGUAUAGGAGUUUCCUGACUCCCCCUCGACGGCAGACGUUGGUCAUGCCCAAUCCUUUGUUCCUUUACA